AUGGGUUCCGGAUGUUGUUGUUGUAAGAAAAAUCAACAGAUUUCAUCUGAACAUCAUCCAAUACCUCAAUAUAUUCAGAUUGCCAUAAGAACGACCAAUCCUAUGACAUUUAUCGAUGGUUAUCUCAAAGAACCACUUGUAUCUCUCGAAGAAGCUCUUGAACCUUUCAACGGUAAAAUUGAUCAAUUAUCUAACUAUAUUAAAGAAGCAAUAAUGAAAUGUCAUUAUCCAUCAGAACAUAAUCUUACUCGUGAUGAAUCAGCUGCCAUCUAUAUUUAUACAAUGGAAUGGGGUGAUAAAUGUCUACGUGAUCAUUUACAAGCAGCAUUGAAUUCUAAUGAUCGAUCUACACUCAAACCAUGGUUUAAAUAUCUCAAAUUAUUCAAAAGUGGACUUGAUAAAUUACCUACUGCAAAGACAGAAAUUUGGCAGGGAGCACCAUUUGAUGAAAAGCUUAAAGAACAACUCAAUACAGAACCAUUAUCAGUUUAUUCUUCUAUGUGCUCAUGUUCGCCAUCUGCCAAUGAAAUUACGAAUUAUCUUCAAAAAACUGCAGGUAAAAAUAUAAUUCUUGUUGGUUAUCAAUCUGUGAAUGGAAAAUUAGUAAAUGGUUAUACAGCUAAUAACGUACAAGAAGCGAUAAUGUGGCCAGGCAUAAAGUUAGGACUAUCAAAACAUGGUAUGACCGAUGCUUAUGAUUCAUGGAUUCUAAGUGCAGUCAGACAGAUCGGUGAGUACUAUUACGAUCAAAAUCAUAAUAGUGUUCAUAUUUUCUACGUAUUAUACUUUUCUAUGUUCAUUCCAUAA